GUCAUUCUAAUUGGUCAGUACCUAUCAGGAUAUUGGUUAAAUAUUUCACUCUAGCCCCUUCUGCCAGCUCCACUGGCACGUGUGAGUAUUGCCCAAACCCAUGGAGCAGGAUAGAUAGUAUUUGCUGAGGGGAAACAGAUCCCCUGAUUGGGAGGAGACCAUCUUUAUCACCUUGCACAAGCUGCACCGAGAUGCACAGAUAGACAUGAAUGUCCUCACUGGAGAUCUUGAGGACAUGAAGAGCACAGGUGGUGGGGUCCCAGACUACAGAGAGACCUUAGACCACCCAAAGAUUCCCUGCAACCCCAUCAGGCGUGGCAGGAAGGAGAGCCCUGGUCUGAUGGGAAAACCUAAGCAGGUAAUAAGGCAGACAAGUAGAAUAUCCGGGCAGAGGGCAGAGGUCAUAGAUAAAAGGAUGACCAUCCAUCCUGGUGUGCCUGGGAUCAGCCCAGUUUUGGCACUGAAAUCCAAAUUCCUAGGAAACCCCUCAAUCCUAGGCAAACCCGGACAGUUGGUCACCCGAGAUGUAGUAUCCUUAGUUGGUGGGCUUUCCUGACCACUUCAAAAGCCAGGCCCUGAGCCUUUCCAGUACCCGCUAACAGAUAAGGCAGGACCAAAAGAACUACAGUAUUGGGUGCUUGGUGCAGAGAAGGUGUCCCUGUGGGCUCUGCUACAGCAGCUGUCCACCAGCCCAGAGUGGCCUGGCUAGCUCUUCUCCCCCCAACUCUCCCUGAGUGAAUCCCACUGCUCACCACUGGGGGCUCCAGGCCAGGCUCUAGACUUACGACCAGCAUCCACUCUGACUGGUCAUAUUGGUUAUUAAAUAUGUGACUUUCAACCAUCGGUGGGGGACAGCUUUGUCAUCACAAACCCCCCUGCUCCACUGGUUUCCCUGGGUUCCCAAGCAAUUGUGCCAUCAGACCCACCUCAGGGAGGCCCUAGAGAUGCAAAGGAGAUGACAGACACAGGCCAGUCUAGUGCAGAAGGAUCCCCCCAAAUGGCUGCUCAUCUGCCCAGGGACUCCAAACACACAUGACUCACACCAUUUGGGCUCAGACAAGUGCCUCCCCAGGAAGCCCCGGGAUCCUGGCAUUACUAGGGACACACUGAGCCCCUGAUGUCCCUAACCCUUUGCCAGCACCUCUGGUCCCGCAGAAGCAGCCAACAUGCCUAACUCCAAGUGCCUGCAAAAGUCGGAGCCCCUGUGGAAGGAGUGGGACCAGAAAGCCCAAAAGAAUGGACUGAGGCACCAGGUGAACGCUGUCAAUGGUGACUGCUAUGUGGGCCAAUGGAAGGACAACAUGAAACAUGGAAAAGGAACACAGAUCUGGAAGAAAAAAGGAGCCAUCUAUGAGGGAGACUGGAAGUUUGGGAAGCGAGAUGGCUAUGGCACCCUCAGCAAUCCUGACCAAGAGAAGGGAAAGUAUAGGAAAGUAUACUCUGGCUGGUGGAAAGAUGAUAAAAAAUCGGGCUAUGGGAUUCAGUUUUUCGGACCCAAGGAGUAUUACGAGGGUGAGUGGUGUGGCGACCAGCGCAGCGGGUGGGGCCGCAUGUACUACAGUAACGGCGACAUCUACGAGGGCCAGUGGUUGAAGGACAAGCCGAAUGGGGAGGGCAUGUUGCGCCUGAAGAACGGGAACCGCUACGAGGGCUACUGGCAGAGAGGCAUGAAGAAUGGGUCGGGCCGUUUCUUCCACCUGGACCACGGUCAGCUGUUUGAAGGCUUCUGGGUGGACGACGUGGCCAAGUGUGGCACAAUGAUUGACUUUGGCCGCGAUGAGGCCCCUGAGCCCACCCAGUUCCCCAUUCCUAAGAUCGAAAUUCUAGACCCUAAUGGUGUGCUGGAGGAAGCCUUGGCCAUGUUCAAGAAGACAGAGGAAGAUGAAGAUUGAUGCCAGGACAAGAACCUGAAGCCACGCUUUGCCCCAACGAACUCAGAGGACUUUGUUUUUAUAAAAUCCCAUAUUGUAUUGUGUUUCUGGGACCCACAGAGGUCUCAAACUCAAAGGCCCAUGGUGGGGAGCCAGGCAAGUAACAUAAACAAGGCUGGCCUGGUGUGAGACAAGA